GUGUUUGGCCAACUUCCAGGAUUCAAAGAUGGAGACUUGACCAUAUAUCAGUCCAACGCCAUUCUGCGCCAUCUCGCCAGGAAUCACUGUCUCUACGGAAAGAAUCCCCGCGAGGCGACUCUCAUAGACAUGGUUAAUGAUGGCGUGGAAGAUCUUAGGCUGAAAUAUAUACGGAUGAUCUAUCAGAACUACGAGAAUGGAAAAGCUGAUUACAUUAAGACUCUGCCCACUGAGUUUGGGUACUUCGAGCACCUGCUGGCAUCCAACAAUGAGGGCAAAGGUUUUAUAGUAGGAGAUCAGAUUUCCUUUGCAGACUAUAACUUGGUGGAUAUUCUGCGCAACCAUAUUGUCCUGGCCCCCGACUGCCUUUCUGGUUUCCCACUCCUUGAUGCCUACGUCAAACGCGUUAGCAGCCGCCCCAAAAUCGAAGUGUUUCUCAACAGUGAUGCCCACAAGAACAGACCGAUCAAUGGCAAUGGAAAGCAGUGAGCGCCAAAAAAGGUCCAGACGGCUGCGAAACUAGCGUCAGAACAUUGUUACAUCCUGUAGUAAUUCCUCAUACUGCCUCAGUGCCUCCUGUGUUUUCUAGGUCAUAACCAGUUUUGUAAGUACUGUAGAGUUAUAAGUGACCCUCCUGGUAUAUAAAGAGUUAAACCUAUA